CGUCCCGCUGCCGCGGAUCUGAGGGCCCCCUGAGAGGCACCUGCGCAAGAACUUCAGCCUCUCUCCGGGGAGCGGGCCGCGUCCCGAGGCCGGGUCAGCCCCGAGGCAGCCACUGGACAGCCGCUCCCAAGAGGACGAGCGCCGCGACUCCUGGGCACCCGGCGGAGUCCGCGGGACGGCGUUCCGAGGUAGUUGGUCCUCUCCGGGUAGCCUUCGGCGUCCGGUGGCCUGCCGGGCAGAGUCCACGUGACUCAGGGGUGCAACAGGCAGGAGCAUGGCUGCCACCAGACCGCUGUCCCGCUUCUGGGAGUGGGGGAAGAACAUUGUGUGCGUGGGCAGGAACUACGCAGACCACGUCAGGGAGAUGCAGAGCGCCGCACUGAGCGAGCCGGUGCUCUUCCUGAAGCCGUCCACCGCCUACGCCCCCGAGGGCUCGCCGGUCCUCGUGCCCGCCUACACCCGCAACCUGCACCACGAGCUCGAGCUGGCCGUGGUGAUGGGCAAGCGCUGCUGCGCCGUCCCGGAGGCCGCAGCCAUGGGCUACGUGGCCGGCUAUGCCCUGUGCCUGGACAUGACCGCCAGGGACGUGCAGGACGAGUGCAAGAAAAAGGGGCUGCCCUGGACUCUGGCCAAGAGCUUCACGGCCUCCUGCCCGGUCAGCGCGUUCGUGCCCAAAGAGAAGAUCCCUGACCCUCACAACCUGAAGCUCUGGCUCAAGGUCAACGGCGAACUCAGGCAGGAGGGUGAGACAUCCUCCAUGAUUUUUUCCAUCCCCUACAUCAUCAGCUACGUUUCAAAGAUCAUGACCUUGGAAGAAGGAGAUGUUAUCUUGACCGGGACGCCAAAGGGAGUGGGUCCCGUUAAAGAAAACGAUGAGAUCCAGGCUGGCAUACACGGGGUCGUCAGUAUGAGAUUUAAGGUGGAAAAGCCGGAAUAUUGAGUGUAUCCAAAGCACCCUAACUUCUUAACACGUUUCAGGGGGAAGGGGAACAAGAUAAAAGCAAGAAAAGGUUAUUUAAUGUGAUAAUCCUUUAAUGAGAAACCAAUUUUUUAAAAAUGAUUGGAUUGCUAUGCCUCAACUCAAGGAAGAUGGACCGUCGGAGAAAAACCUGAUCUACAAGAGCUGGGCCAUAAAUGGAAAUGAGAAGCAGUGCCUCCUAGGAAACAACAAGCCAAAUGUUCAGAAAACUUACUUUCCUUUCCUAAAACUGGACCGGAUAAGACUUCAGUGGGUCAUUCUGCGACCACGUGUUCAAGACUUAAAAUCUGCAAAGGAAAUGGAAAAGCACGUUUCAUCAGUGUUUCCCAAAGUUCCUUGAUGAUGAAAAUCAUCUGGAGGUAUUUGUAAAAGUAAAAAUUUCCAAAUUGCUGGGCCAUCCCAGGCCUAAUAUAUUAAUUAAUGGAAUCAAUCUCUGGCACUCCAAGUGAUUCUUAUCAUGCAAAUGUGGAAAAACACUACUCCACAUAAUUAAAAGUUUUAUUUAAUAAGUGAGCAAUUAAUGAAAACCUCACUUGUUUACUUAGGGUGUGUAUUCUGGCCCAUAGAUUCUGAGUUCGGGAGAUAAUUUUGAAACUAUUGUUUCCCAAAUAAAUAUGCUGUCUUUUGUGUGA